UCAGAAGCUACGAAUUCAAUUGAAUUCUCAUCAUCAUCAUCCCUGGCUGGUGGUCUAUCUCCAGAAACAUCUACAGAAAAGUUAUCUGCUACCUCACUAGUAACAGGUACAGCACCCACAACGGGUAAUGAGUCAACAACACAUUCUCCAAUAUCAGCAAAAACUACAAAUGCACUUGAGUUAUCACCAUCGUUCAGAGCCAGCAGUGCACCUCCAGAGACAUCUACAGAAAAGCUAUCUGCCAUCACACCAGUAACAGCUGCAGCACCUACAACAGGUACCGUCUCAAUGGCACAAAUGCCUCCAAUGUCCUCAGAAGUGACAAAAGCAAUUGAAUUCUCACCAUCAUCCCCAGCUGGCAGUGUAUCUCCAGAAACAUCUCCAGAAAUAUCUACAGAAAAAUCGUCUGCCACCGCACUAGUAACAGGUACGGCACCUACAACAGGUACUGUCUCAACAACACAAAUACCUCCAAUGUCCUCAAUAGCUAUGAAUGCAAUUGAAUUCUCGCCAUCACCAUCAUCCCUGACUGCCAGUGAAUCUCCAGAAACAGAGAUAUCUACAGAAAAGCCAUCUGCCACCACACCAACAACAGGUACAGCACCCACAACAGGUACUGUGUCAACAACACAAAUAUUUCCAAUGUCCUCAAUAACUACCAAUGCAAUAGAAAAAUCACCACCAACAUCAUCCACAACUGGCAGCGUAUCACCAAAAACAGAGACGUCUACAGACAAGCAAUCUACCAACACAAAAAUAACAGCAGGUACGGCACCUACAACGGGUAUUGUGUCAACAGCACAAAUACCACCAAUGUCCUCAGAAACGACAAAUGCAAUUGGAUUCUCACCAUCACCAUCAUCCACAGCUGGCAGUGUAUCUCCAGAAACUGAGACAUCUACAGAAAAGCCAUCUGCCACCACACCAGUAACAGGUACGGCACCUACAACGGGUAUUGUGUCAACAGCACAAAUACCACCAAUGUCCUCAGAAACGACAAAUGCAAUUGGAUUCUCACCAUCACCAUCAUCCACAGCUAGCAGUGUAUCUCCAGAAAUUGAGACAUCUACAGAAAAGCCAUCUGCCACCACACCAGUAACAGGUACGGCACCCACAAUGGGUAUUAUGUCAACAGCACAAAUACUUCCAAUGACCUCAGUAACUACAAAUGCAAUUGAAAUAUCACCAUCACCAUCACCAUCAUCCACAGCUGGCAGUGUAUCUCCAGAAACAGAGGCAUCUAUGGAAAAGUCAUCUGCUACCUCACCAGUAACAGAUACCCCUGAAUCAUUCUCACCACCUUCAACAGAUUCCACCCCUAACUCAGCAGCAGAUACGUAUUCAAAGACAACUGGUGAAGCUGCCUCGGGCUCUUCAGCUACUGUCGGCCACACCACUCCUGCUAUCAUCCAGAUUGGCACGUCCACUGCACUGACUGCUCCCACUGCCAGCCCAUCUAGUUCCACCAUAACCACCCAAAACAUUACCCCUGCUAACACCUUGGCCAUCAGCGACAUUACUGUAUUAAUACCAAUAUUGCCACCACUCAGCUCAAUACACCCCGUGACUCCACCCCUGAGACCAAACCCACCCCUGAGACCACUGCAAAUACCACUCCUUCCAUCACCCCCACCACCAUGUUCACCACCCCCAACACCCCCGACACCACCCGGAACAGCAGCCCCAACAGUACCCCCAAUACCCCUGACACCACCUCCAACAACACCCCUGACACAACCACCCCAGACACCACUCCCGGCACCACUAUCCCCGGCACCACUAGCCCCGGCACCACUAGCCCCACCAUCACCCCCGACACCACCCCUACCAUUGCCCCCGGCACCAACCCCAAUACCACCCCGGACACCACUAGCCCUGACAUCACUAACCCAGACACCACCCCUACCAUCACCCUCGACAACAACCCCAAAACUACCACCGACACCACAUCCACUGCACUGGCUGCUCCCACGGACAGCACAUACAGUUCCACCAUACCCCGACACCACCCCCACCAUUACCCCCGACACCAGCUCCGACACCACUAUGCCCGACACCACCACCACCAUCACCCCCAAUACCAGCCCCGACACCAGCCCCGACAGUACCCCAGACACCACAUCCACUGCACUGACAGCUCUCACUGCCAGCCCAUCUAGAUCCACCAGAACCACCCAAAACAUCAACUCUGCUGCGAUCACCAAUGCUAACGCCAUGGUCAUCAGUGGCAUUACUGCCCCACCAACAACACCAGCUACAGCACCAACACCGUCACCAAUGCUUACACAACUACCCCCGACAACACCCCCGACACCACUACACUCGACACCAACACCACCACCCCCACCACAAUCCCAGACACCACCGCCGACAUCACCCCCGGCACCACCGCUGACACCAACCCCAGCACUACCCCUACCACCACCGACCACAACCCCGACGCCACCACUGACACCACUACCCCACUACCCACACACCACUCCCAACUCCAUCACAACCUCCAGCACUACCCCUACCACCACCACCACCACGGACACUAACCAUGAACCCACCACUGACACCAUUACCCCCGACACCACCUCGACCACCACCCCCAACACCACCCCGAACAGCACCCCCGACACCACCACCACCGACACCACCCCGACCAUCACUCCUGACACCAGCCCCACUAUCAACACCAGCUCCAGCACCAACACUGUCACCAAUGCUGACACAUCUAGCCCCGACAACACCCCCGACACCACUGCACUCGACACGAAAACCACCACCACCAACACCACCAUCCCAGACACCACCGCCAACAUCACCCCCGACAUCACUGCUGACACCACCCCCAGCACUACCCCUAUCACCACCACCGACAACAACCCCGACGACACCACUGACACCACUACCCGCGACACUACUACCUCCGACACCACAUCUACCACUACCACCACCCCCAACACCAUCCCCGACACCACUAACCCCGAAACCACUAAGCCCGACACAACCGCCGACAUCAACCCCACCAACACUAUCCCCAGCACUACUCACACCAUCACUCCCAACACCAUCACAACCUCCAGCACUAACCCUACCACCACCACGGACACCAACCCUGACCCCACCACUGACACCGUAACCCCCGAUACUACCUCUACCACCACCCCCAACACCACCCCAAACAGCACGCCCGACACCACCACCACCGACACCACCCCUACCAUCACUCUAGACACCAGCUCCAGCACCAACACUGUCAUCAAUGCUAACACAACUACCCCCAACAGCAUCCCCGACACCACUACACUCGACACCAACCCUACCAUCACUCUUGACACCAACUCCAGCACCAACACUGUCAUCAAUGCUGACACAACUACCCCCAACAGCAUCCCCGACACCACUACACUCGACACCAACAUCUCCACCACCAUUCCAGACACCACGGCCGACAUCACCCCCAACACCACCGCUGACACCACACCCAGCACUACCCCUACCACCACCACCGACAAUAACCCUGACGCCACCACUGACACCACUACCCCUGACACUACUACCCCUGACACCACAUCUACCACUACCACCACCCCCGACACCACUACCCCCGACACCACAAACCCCAACACCAACCCCACCACCACCGCCGACAUCAUCCCCACCAACACCACCCCCAGCACUACCCACACCACUACUCCCAACACCAUCACAACCUCCAGCUCUACCCUUACCACCACCACGGACACCAAACCUGACCCCACCACUGACACCAACACCCCCGACACCACCCCGAACAGUACCCCCGAUACCACCACCACCGACACCAACUCCGGCACCAACCCCGACACCACUACCCCCGACCCCAACCAUACCACCACCACCGAAACCAACCCCGACCCCACCACUGACACCACUACCCCUGACACCACCUCUACCACCACCACCACCAUCCCCGACAUCAGCCCUGACAACACCACACCCGACACCACCCCCACCAUCACUACUGACACCAGCUCUGACACAACUACACACGACACCACCCCCACUAUCACUCCUGACACCAGCCCUACCAUCAACACCAGCUCCAGCACCAACAUCGUCACCAAUGCUGGCACAACUAACCCCGACAACACCCCCGACACCACUACACUCGACACCAACACCACCACCCCCACCACCAUUCCAGACACCACGGCCGACAUCACCCCCAACACCACCGCUGACACCACCCCCAGCACUACCCCUACCACCACCACCGACAACAACCCCGACGCCACCACUGACACCACUACCCGCGACACUACUACCUCCGACACCACAUUUACCACUACCACCACCCCCAACACCACCCCCGACACCACUAACCCCGACACCACUAAGCCCGACACAACCGCCGACAUCAACCCCACCAACACCAUCCCCAGCACUACUCACACCAUCACUCCCAACACCAUCACAACCUCCAGCACUAACCCUACCACCACCAUGGACACCAACCCUGACCCCACCACUGACACCGUAACCCCCGAUACUACCUCUACCACCACCCCCAACACCACCCCAAACAGCACUCCCGACACCACCACCACCGACACCACCCCUACCAUCACUCUAGACACCAGCUCCAGCACCAACACUGUCAUCAAUGCUGACACAACUACCCCCAACAACACCCCGACACCACUACACUCGACACCAACACCAACACCCCCACCACCAUUCCAGACACCACGCACUACCCCUACCACCACCACCGACAAUAACCCCGACGCCACCACUGACACCACUACCCCUGUCAUUACUACCCCUGACACCACAUCUACCACUACCACCACCCCCGACACCACUACCCCCGACACCACUACCCCCGACACCAACCCCACCACCACCGCCGACAUCAUCCCCACCAACACCACCCCCAGCACUACCCACACCACUACACCCAACACCAUCACAACCUCCAGCUCUACCCUUACCACCAACACGGACACCAACCCUGAACCCACCACUGACACCAACACCCCCGACACCACCCUGAACAGUACCCCCGAUACCACCACCACCGAUACCAACUCCGGCACCACACCCGACAUCACUACCCCUGACCCCAACCAUACCACCACCACCGAAACCAACCCCGACGCCACCACUGACACCACUACCCCUGACACCACCUCUACCACCACCACCACCACCCCCGACAUCAGCCCUGACAACACCACACCCGACACCACCCCCACCAUCACCACUGACACCAGCUCUGACACAACUACACACGACACCACCCCCACUAUCACUCCUGACACCAGCCCUACCAUCAACACCAGCUCCAGCACCAACACCGUCACCAAUGCUGGCACAACUAUCCCCGACAACACCCCCGAAACCACUGCACUCAACAUCAACACCACCACCAUCCCAGACACCACCGCCGACAUCACCCCCGACACCACCGCUGAUACCACCCCCAGCACUACCCCUACUACCACUACUGACACUACUAUCCCUGACAUCACAUCUACCAUUACCACUACCCCCAACACCACCCCAAACACCACCACCAGCCCCAACACCACCCCAAACAGCACGCCCGACACCACCACCACCGACACCACCCCUACCAUCACUCUUGACACCAGCUCCAGCACCAACACUGUCAUCAAUGCUGACACAACUACCCCCAACAACACCCCCGACACCACUACACUCGACACCAACACCACCACCCCCACCACCAUCCCAGACACCACGGCCGACAUCACCCCCAACACCACCGCUGACACCAACCCCAGCACUACCCCUACCACCACCACCGACAACAACCCCGACGCCACCACUGACACCGCUACCCGCGACACUACUACCUCCGACACCACAUAUACCACUACCACCACCCCCAACACCACCCCCGACACCACUAACCCCGACACCACUAAGCCCGACACAACCGCCGACAUCAACCCCACCAACACUAUCCCCAGCACUACUCACACCAUCACUCCCAACACCAUGACAACCUCCAGCACUAACCCUACCACCACCACGGACACCAACCCUGACCCCACCAUUGACACCGUAACCCCCGAUACUACCUCUACCACCACACCCAACACCACCCCAAACAGCACGCCUGACACCACCACCACCGACACCACCCCUACCAUCACUCUAGACACCAGCUCCAGCACCAACACUGUCAUCAAUGCUGACACAACUACCCCCAACAACACCCCCGACACCACUACACUCGACACCAACACCAGCACCCCCACCACCAUUCCAGACACCACGGCCGACAUCACCCCCAACACCACCGCUGACACCACACCCAGCACUACCCCUACCACCACCACCGACAAUAACCCCGACGCCACCACUGACACCACUAGCCCUGACACUACUACCCCUGACACCACAUCUACCACUACCACCACCCCCGACACCACUACCCCCGACACCACAAACCCCGACACCAACCCCACCACCACCGCCGACAUCAUCCCCACCAACACCACCCCCAGCACUACCCACACCACUACUCCCAACACCAUCACAACCUCCAGCUCUACCCUUACCACCACCACGGACACCAACCCUGACCCCACCACUGACACCAACACCCCCGACACCACCCCGAACAGUACCCCCGAUACCACCACCACCGACACCAACUCCGGCACCACCCCCGACACCACUACCCCCGACCCCAACCAUACCACCACCACCGAAACCAACCCCGACCCCACCACUGACACCACUACCCCUGACACCACCUCUACCACCACCACCACCACCCCCGACAUCAGCCCUGACAACACCACACCCGACACCACCCCCACCAUCACCACUGACACCAGCUCUGACACAACUACACACGACACCACCCCCACUAUCACUCCUGACACCAGCCCUACCAUCAACACCAGCUCCAGCACCAACACCGUCACCAAUGCUGGCACAACUACCCCCGACAACACCCCCGAAACCACUGCACUCAAUACCAACACCACCACCUCCACCACCAUCCCAGACACCACCGCCGACAUCACCCCCGACACCACCCCCAGCACUACCCCUACUACCACUACCGACACUACUACCCCUGACAUCACAUCUACCACUACUCCCAACACCACCCCCAACACCACCACCAGCCCCGAUACCACCCCCAACACCACUACCCCCGACACCAACCCCACCACCACCGCCAACAUCACCCCUGACAUCACUGCCAACACCACCCCCAGCACUACCCACACCACCACCCCCGAUGCCAACCCUGUCAUAACCCCCAGCACUACCCUUAUCACCACCAACCCCGACACCACCACUGACACCACUACCCCCGAAAUCACCCCCGACACUACCCCUGACACCGCCCCGACUCACUACCCACACCACCACCCCCGACACCACCCCGACACCACCACUACCCACACCACCACCCCCGACACCACCACCCCUGAUACCACCACUCCCGACAUCACCUCUACCCCCACCACCACCACCACACCUGACACCACCCCCAGCAACAAUCCUACGACCACCCCCGACAUCACCCCCGACACUACCGCCAACAACACCCCCAGCACAACCCACACCACCACCCCCGACACCAAACCCGUCACAAAGCCCAGCACUACCCCUACCACCACCCCCGAAACCAACCCUGUUACAACCCCCAGCACUACCCCUACCACCACCACCGACACCAACCCUGACAUCACCACUGGCACCAUUACCCCCGACACCACCUCCAGCAGCCCAGAUACAAUUUCCAGCACCAACUACACCACUACCCCCAACAACAUCCCCGACACCACUACCCCUGACAACACGCCCAACAACACGACCACCGACACCAACCACAGCCCCCCCACUACCACCCCAGACACCACCGCCGACACCACCCCCAGCACUAACCCUACCUCCACCACCAACACCAACCCCGACAUCACCACUGACACCAUUACCCCCAACACCACCUCUACCACCACCAACACCACCAUUGACACCACCCCUGACACCACCUCUGACACCACUACCCCCAACACCACUCCCAAUACCACUACCCCCAACACCACUACUGACACGACUACCUCCAACACCACCUCUACCACCACCACCCCCGACACCACCUCCGACACCACCUCUGACACCACUACCCCCAAUGCCAGCCCCAACACCACUACCCCCAACACCACUACUGACACGACUACCCCCGACACCACCUCUACCACCAACACCAUCCCCGACACCACCUCUGACACUACUACCCCAAACACCACUACUGACACCACUAUUCCCGACACCACCUCUACCACCACCCCCGAAGCCACCCCCAUCACCAUCCCCACUUCCAGCACCACCUCCAGCUCCAGCACCACCCCCAACACCACCCCCAGCCCCAGCACAACCCCCAGGCCCAGCACCAGCCCCAGGCCCAGCACCAGCCCCAGGCCCAGCACCAGCCCCAGGCCCAGCACCAGCCCCAUCCCCAAUACCAGCCCCAUCCCCAAUACCAGCCCCAUCCCCAGCACCAGCCCCAGGCCCAGCACCAGCCCCAGGCCCAGCACCAGCCCCAGGCCCAGCACCAGGCCCAGGCCCAGCACCAGCCCCAGGCCCAGCACCAGCCCCAGGUCCAGCACCAGCCCCAGGACCAGCCCCAGGCCCAACACCAGCCCCAGACCCAGCACCAGCACCAGACCCAGCACCAGACCCAGCACCACCACCAGACCCAGCACCACCACCAGACCCAGCCCCAUCACUAGCCCCAGGACCAGCCCCAGGACCACCUCCAUCCCCAGCACUACCCCCAGCCCUAUCCCUAGCACCAUUCCCACUCCCAUUACCAUCAAACCCACCACCACCCACAGUACUACUACCCCCACCACCAUCCUGAAGACCACCCCUAAAACUACCCCCAACACUACCUCCAAGACAACCCCGAAAACUGCCCCCAACACCACGACCCUCACCACAACCACAACCACAGUCAAUAACGGACCCUGUGUUGAAUUAAUCUUAGUUCCAAAGAUUGAUGCGGUGACUGGCACCAGUGUAACAGUCUCCUGGGAGGCUACUCAUGGAGCUCGUGAAUCCCCUUAUCAGGUCUCAAUCAGUGUCAAACAAGAUGUUAUUAAAACGAAUGAGACAGUAGUGAAGUUCACAGAUCUGAGUCCUGAUGUUUUCUACAACAUUACCAUAGAGGUGACAUCUUGCAGUAAAAGGAUAAGUAAAAGGCUUGGCAUCAGGACAGAUGCCAGAGUGUUGACGGGGUUCACAAGAAUUACAAGUGAGACUUACACAAGUGCCUAUGCAGAUAAAUCCAGUCCAGAAUAUAGGAAAUUUGAGAUAAAAUUCACUGAUGCUAUCAUAAUGGAACUUCCUCCAAACUUACAGAAACUAAACAUGACUGGAAGUUUGACAAUCGUAAUAUUUCUAAUCACAUCAGGGAGCGUGAACGUUUCAUUUGAUAUUGCGUAUCCAGAAAACAUGAACCUCACUGAUGAAGCUGUCAAAAUAUUAUUUGCAGAUGCUUUGUUGAAAACUCCGGUCUUUAACUUAACCAUACAUGACAUUACAGGAAGAAACAGUUGCAUGAGAAAGUUGGACGACUGUUCAGAAAAUGCAAACUGCGCAGCGAACAAUACAGUUUACACUUGCCAGUGCAAACCUGGAUUUGAAGACACAAGUCCCAACAGGCCUGGAAGGAUAUGCCUAGCAGCUCCAAACAUCCCAACAACCGAACCCCCGACCCGGCCCACAGAUGACACAGAAUGGAAAGUGGCUGUGAUAGUUCUGGGUGUUUUAUUGGGUGUUGCAAUUUUAAUUACUUUGGCAACGCUCACAGCAGUCAUGUGUAUUCCUCGAAGAAGUAGGCAGUACCAAGUUAACACCAAAUUGCCAAUAUUACAGAAAUUUAAUUAUUUUAACAUAUGAUAUAUGUUCCUCUUUCAACCCUUGAUGCAGAUGCGCUUUUUUUGUACAAUUCUUUGUUGCUCUUAAGAUAUCAAAGCUCUACAAAUUC